AUGAGGUGUAAGAAGCAUCUCUCCGACCUCAGCAGCAGCGUCGGCGUCUGCGCUUCUUGUCUCCGUGAGCGCCUCUUCGCUCUCAUCGCCGCUCAAGUCCAAGCCCAAGCCGAAGAACGCCGGAAAUCUGAUUCACAUCCACCGCCGCUGGUCUUUCCCCGCUCCGUCUCUCCUUACGUUUGCCGCCGCUCGGACGAUUCCUCUUGGCACCACAAUCACUUCGAUCAACGAUUUUACAGUACUCCUCAAGUGGGUCCCACCUCAAACUCCGCCGCGCAUGGUCGUAAAAAGAAACACAGCAAGUUCUCUCUGCUCACCUCCCUUUUCACCUCCAGAUCGAAAGACCAUCGCCACGAAGCCGACGACGAACAUCAAUCUAGAGUUUCAAGAUUUUCUAGAGAUUCAAUUUCCUCUUCGUCGUCCUCUCCGAUCUCAUCCUCCUGGUUCUCCUCUAUUCUCCCAAGUCGUAGUAGGAAAAAACAAUCCCGGCUAUUCUCCCUCGACGAGACUGCUACUGCUACUGCUGCUACUACAACCACCACUACUACAUGCAGUCGUCGGCCAUGCCGGGCGAGGGAUCGAGGAAUGUCGCCGUCAAAGGGCAUCAAUGAAGGCAAAUACUACGAAGACUACGAAGUUUCUCCUUCGGCGAGUGGGUACUCAUCGGAUGCCUCCCAAAGUCGGUGGAAAUACCUGAUGACGGCGCCGGCAGUUCGACGGAGAGAACCUCCACAGCACAACCGAAACGUUUCGGGAUUGGCGUUCUGUUUGAGCCCGUUGGUGCGGGCGAGCGCCAAUACCCACCGGAAUAAUGGGUUUUCCGGGGAUAUGGGGUUUUCCGGCGAGAUUAGAGUGCCGUCGAACAAGCCGCAUCAUCUGUCGACGGCUGCAUCGUUCUGUGCCAACAGAUCGAGAAAGCUAGCAGAUUUCGGGAGGUACGACAGUUUCAACCAUUGA